AUGGAACACUCGAAAAUGCCGUUUGCUGGACUCACCACUCUCAAGCACGAUGUUGAACCGCGACAUGCUGAUUUGUUGCUCUUUGCAUGCUGCCUGACUUCGGGACUGGUGGAUAGCACAGUCUAUAAUGCCUACAAUACCUUUGUCUCCAUGCAAACGGGGAAUACCAUCUUCGUUGGACUGGGUGCCUCGAAUCAAAACCCUCGUCCUUAUGGUUGGGCUCGGUCACUCACGUCGAUCGGGUGUUUCAUCAUCGGGUGUUUUUUCUUUGCGCGACUGAAUCGCCUGCUGGGUGCUCGACGCCGAGGGUGUUUGAUCUUGUCGUUUUUGUUGCAAGCCGCGAUGAUCGUGAUCACGGCAGGCCUCAUUCAAGGAGGAGUCAUCUCCAGCGUGUUGGCACGCAAUUCAGCCGAUGAAACUAAUUGGGAUCAAGAGGUCCCCAUUGUGCUCCUGAGUCUUCAAUCUGCGGGCCAGAUUGUGGCUAGUCGAGCCUUGGGAUUCAAUGAGAUCCCGACCGUGGUUAUCACCAGUCUGCUCUGUGAUCUGAUGUCGGAUCCCAAGCUAUUUCUGCUGCGGAAUGAAAAACGCGACCGCCGAGUCAUCGCGUUUGUGUUGACUCUGGUCGGGGCGAUUAUCGGCGGAUGGGUGACCACGGCCACUGGACAAAUCUCGCCUGCCCUGUGGUUGUCGGCGGGCAUUAAAUUCGGAGUUUCCCUAGCCUGGGGGUUUUGGAAGACGACUUCAUGA